CCGCAAACAUGGCCCCUGCUGCAAACAUGGAUCCAGCUGCAAACAUGGAUCCUGCCGCAAACAUGGUUUCUAAUGAAGAAUCGACUGAAAGAGCUAGACAGAAAAAUGUACGAGGGAAAAGCAUAUGUAAAGCUGUUGCUAGACUUAGACGUGGUGAAAAGCUGCCUAUUGCCUUCUACAACAAUCGUGGUGCUGGCCCAAAUAGAGCAACUUGGUCAAGCUUUAUAGGAUUGGUUGUUCGGAAUCCCCAGAUUUGAUCAUUCAAAUCAAGAAGAUGGAAGUCCAAAGGCCGGGCAGAAUUUGAGCAUAUGUGGGCUGCACUUACGGAAUAUUUCUAUAAUCCUAAUAUGAUAGAGUAUAAGUAUCAUACUUUACUUCAUAUGAGGGAUCGUUGGAACAAAUGGAGGUCUGUUUUGUAUCGUAAAUAUGCAAAACCAUGUGGUUGUGAAGAAGAUGUUCUGAAAAAUAAACCAGAUGAAGUAGGUAGCCAAGAAGAUUGGGAAUGGUGUGUGAAACACGUUUUCUACACUGCUGAAUUUCAGAAAUUGAGCAAGAACAAUGCUCUGAAUAGAAUGAAGAAAACUAUGAAUCAUCAUAGCGGAAGCAAGCCUAAUCGAGAGUAUUUUUAUGAAAUUGGUGGAAAAGAUGGGACUCCUCCGACCAUAGAUAAAGUGUUCUUUGAGACACACAAGAGCAACGGUGAAAUAAAAGAACAUGCAGCAAAAGAAAGACAUGCUGGACUUGUUGAAACCUGUGAAGCUAAUCCAGAGUUAGAGCCAAUAGAGUUGGUAGAGAAGUUCUAUGGCAAUCAAAAUCAUGGACACAUAAUUGGUUUUGGAGGUGGAUUGAGGCCUAAGGACUUGAAGGGUUCAGAUGCAUUAAGCAGGGCAGAAUUGGCAAGCAAACUAAGGGACUCUAAUGGAGAGAAGGCAGACAUGGCAGCUAUAAUAGCAGAGCAGGCUAAAGUUAUUUCUGAAAUGAGAACCAUGAUGGAAAGGAUGGAUCAAAGGUCUGGCAGUCUGGCCACUAAUCAAAAUGGUCAAUCUUAAGUAUGGUAGUGUGGAGUUGGCUUUGAUGGGAUUCAUGACACCAGUAUUUUGCUGAGAUUUUGUUUUUAGGAGGAGUUUUAGAUAUUUGUUGUAAUCUUGUGAAUGAUUUUGGAUGGGUGUCAUGUAAUAGUUGAAUAGUUUUUGGGAUGGUUAGAAAUAUCUAAAACUCUUCUAACUACUGAUGCAGUAUAUAUAGCAUCUAGAACUAUUGUGGCUACUGAUGUAAUAUUAUGGAUGUAUCCUAUAAAAAUUUCUGUAAAUCAAUGUUAAAUGUUGGGUACAAGUGAAUGCAGGUUGCUGCUUUUUAGUUAUA